ACAUUACUUGACAAUGACAACAGCAACAGGCACAACAGGCACAAAACAGACCAGGGACCAAACACAGUGAGUUUAUGGUGCAACUGCAGCAGUAUUGAGGGGAGCAGCCGUCUGAUUCCAUGACUUCUAUUGUGACCGCAUUCAGUCGGUCAUUGUGAAGUGCGGCACUUGGAGAAUCACCGUAGCAACGGUCGGUAUCAUGGAGACGGCACGGGUCCCGGGUUAUAUAAAACCUAACACGGCGAGAGGAGGCCGCCGGUAAGCAGAAACACCGCUUCGACAGACAGAUGGUUAGUCAGGUAGACAUGGUCACAAGGCUCUCUCUAGGAGGAACAGGAAGUCCUGGUCAACACCUCCCUCAACCCCUACUGUACCUCCUACAGGGCUUCUUAUGGCAAAGAAGACUUCAGUCCAUGUCUAGGUCAUCAUUACGGGACAGGGUACUCUGCCAACCUGAGACCUGCUGUUUACUACAGCCCUAGUCUGGACUACACUGAUAACCCACAGUUAGGGUGUUCUCUGCUAGAUUGUUUCCAGUCUCAGACUAAGCGCCACUUCCAGCCCAUGACCAGACCUGAUGGGUCAGAGACCCUGCCUUUCCCGAGUGGACAGAUCAGAGAGAGUGGAUACCUACAGCUCAAGACACAGCCUACAGCAAAUGUAUCCAUCCAGACAGAGUAUAAGGAACACUUUGUUCCAUAUCGUCCCAGACCACCAGUUUCUCAGAAGCACCAGUUAGUGGGAGCCCAAGGAGAGAGCGGUUUCACUGAGGGGACGGCCCUGCAACCCAACACCUUUCUGCCCCAGUACCACAUGGUCAAUCCAAGGAGGACUGAGAACUCUGUGAUGAGAGAUGACUUCCUGCCUAUAUCGUUCCUUCAGGGCUCUGAGAUGCUCCCCAGGCUGGUCAGUAGAGUCCCCAGAGAAACAAGCUUCACCAGGGACACCUUGGACCCUCUGGCCUGUCGAGUCUCUGUGUUACCUGGCUCUGGGACUCAGAAGAUCAGCUCACCUGCUGAGAAGAAGAUUAUCGGGAAGAAGGAGAGUUCAGGAUUCAUCCUCAACUCACCAAAUCUGAAAACCCCGUCACACACACCGUCUGACUCCUCUCGCGUCCGCACUCACUACCAGACCAAGUUCUGUGACGUUUCAGCGCAGGAGAAGCUAAGAGCAGGCUGGACAAGGGGAAGCAUCCACAAGCACAGGACCAAUGGUUACACUGGGAGAGACACAGACAGGUUUAACCUCAGGCACUGACAGUCAAGGUACAAGCUCAGACAUCAGCUCGCCCAUGAAAUGCCCUUUUAAUAUCUCUUCAACUGGCUAACAGAGAUGAUGACAUAUUCAGAUGACAAUGACAUGGGUGCUGCUAUUUCCAUCCAAAUAAAAACGGUUGAUUUUUAUCCAUUUGGA